GUUUUUCGUUGGAAUAUACGUUGCACAUUUAUGGCGAUUCUGAGCGUGAGGGCAGACUUCUGCCAGGCUCAGCACAGCGUUUUCGCUGACAAGUGAGCUUGGGGGUUCUAUGUGCCAUAAUUAACAUUGCCUUGAAGACUCUGGACACCGAGACUGGCCUCAGAAAUAGUUGGCUUUUUUUUUUUUUUUAUUGCAAGCAUAUUUCUUUUAAUGACUCCAGUAAAAUUAAGCAUCAAGUAAACAAAAGUGGAAAGCAACCUACACUUUUAACUUGUCUCACUAGUGCCUAAAUGUAGUAAAGGCUACUUAAGUUUUGGAUGUAGUUGGAUUUUUUUGGAGUCCGAAGGUAUCCAUCUGCAGACAUUGAGGCCCAAGUUGAAUUUGGAUUCAAGUGGAUUCUAAAUACUUCUGCUUACCUUGAAGAGAGAAGCUUCUUAAAGAAUAAACAAGUUGAAUAGAGAAAACACUGAUCGAUAUUAGGCAUUUUAGUGGUCUUUUUAAUGUUUUCUGCUGUGAAACAUUUCAAGAUUUAUUGAUUUUUUUUUUCAUUUUCCCCAUCACACCCACACACGCACGCUCACACUUUUUAUUUGCCAUAAUGAACCGUCCAGCCCCUGUGGAGAUCUCCUAUGAGAACAUGCGUUUUCUGAUAACCCACAACCCUACCAAUGCUACCCUCAACAAGUUCACAGAGGAACUUAAGAAGUAUGGAGUGACAACUUUGGUUCGAGUUUGUGAUGCUACAUAUGAUAAAGCUCCAGUUGAGAAAGAAGGAAUCCACGUUCUAGAUUGGCCGUUUGAUGACGGAGCACCACCCCCUAAUCAGAUAGUAGACGAUUGGCUAAACCUGUUAAAAACCAAAUUUCGUGAAGAGCCAGGUUGCUGUGUUGCAGUGCAUUGUGUUGCAGGAUUGGGAAGGGCACCUGUGCUGGUUGCACUUGCUUUGAUUGAAUGUGGAAUGAAGUAUGAAGACGCAGUUCAGUUUAUAAGACAAAAAAGAAGGGGAGCGUUCAAUUCCAAACAGCUGCUUUACCUGGAGAAAUACCGACCUAAGAUGCGAUUGCGCGUCAGAGACACCAAUGGGCACUGCUGCGUUCAGUAGAAAGAAGUAUAAACGAAGGCUGACUUGAUUGUACAUUUAGAGGGAACUCUUGGUACCUGGAAAUGUGAAUCUGGAAUCUUAACUGUGUCACCAAAGUAGUGAUGGAUUCAGUACUCCUCAACCACUUUCCUAAUGAUUGGAAAAAGGCAAACAAAAAAGAAAUCCCUCUAUAACAUGAAUAAAAUGUUUAAGAAAAGAAAAAGAGAAAGAAAAAAGGGA